UCAUUCUCUCCUCCUGCUCCUCGGUGGCAGCAGUGGAACGUCCCCCUGGCAUCCCUGCCCCAGAAACUGGUCGCCUCCCUCCACUCUAGGGCACACGAUGUCUCUGCCUUUUUAUCAGAAGUCCCACCAGCACUAUGACCUCAGUUACCGGAACAAGGACCUUCGCAGCACCAUGAGCCACUACCAACAGCAGAAGAAGCGCUCUGCCAUCUACACCCACGGCUCCACCGCCUACAGCAGCCGGUCCUCUGCAGCACACCGCCAGGAGUCCCAGGCCCUUACUCAAGAGUCUGCCGCCUCCUACCAGCGGCAGGCCACGCAGGCCUACAGUCUUGGAGCGGCCCAGUAUUCUCAAGGGUCUGAAGUCAGCCGGAAGACAGCCUCAGCCUAUGAUUAUGGCUAUUCCCAUGGACUUGCAGAUUCCAGUCUGCUACUAGAGGAUUAUUCGUCCAAGUUGAGCCCUCAAACAAAGAGAGCCAAGCGGAGCCUUCUGGAGGAGAUGGGAAGCCUGCCGGGCGACUACAUGGUGCCUAUUUACUCUGGACGCCAAGUGCACAUCGGGGGAAUUAGAGACACAGAAGAAGAGAGAAUUAAAGAAGCUGCGGCUUACAUAGCUCAGAGGACUCUCCUUGCGAGUGAGGAAGCAAUCGCAGCCUCCAAGCUGUCCACCGCCUCCACUCAGUCCGCAGCCUCCGUGAUGUCCACAGCCUCCACUCAGUCCGCAGCCUCCAAGCUGUCUACAGCCUCCAAGCACUCCACGGUAUCCAAACAGGCCACAUCCACCCUUCAACGAGAGGAAACGUUUGAAAAGAAGUCGAGGAACGUUGCAAUUCGAGAAAAAGCAGAAGCUCUGUCCCUGAGGAAAACAUUAGAAGAGACCCAAGCAUAUCAUGGAAAGCUAAAUGAAGACCAUCUCCUCCAUGCUCCCGAGUUCAUCAUUAAACCUCGUUCUCACACAGUCUGGGAGAAAGAGAACGUGAAACUACACUGCUCCGUAGCAGGCUGGCCAGAACCUCGCCUCACAUGGUAUAAAAACCAGGUGCCUAUAAAUGUCCAUGCGAACCCAGGAAAGUACAUCAUUGAAAGUCGAUAUGGAAUGCACACUCUCGAGAUUAACAAGUGUGACUUUGAAGACACGGCUCAGUACCGGGCCUCCGCGAUGAAUGUUCAAGGAGAGGUCUCCGCCUACGCCUCGGUCGUCGUGAAGAGAUAUAAGGGGGACUUGGACGAGACUCACUUCCGUGCUGGGGCUUCCAUGCCCCUCAGCUUUGCUGUGACCCCUUACGGUUAUGCGUCCAAGUUUGAGAUCCACUUUGAUGACAAAUUUGAUGUGUCCUUUGGGAGAGAAGGGGAGACCAUGAGUCUGGGCUGUCGCGUAGUCAUCACUCCUGAAAUUAAACACUUCCAGCCAGAGGUCCAGUGGUACAGAAACGGAGCACCUGUUUCUCCAUCCAAAUGGGUGCAGCCACACUGGAGUGGAGAGCGGGCAACGCUCACUUUCUCACACCUCAACAAGGAGGACGAGGGCCUCUACACGAUCCGCGUGCGCAUGGGAGAGUAUUACGAACAGUACAGCGCUUAUGUCUUUGUUCGAGAUGCUGAUGCGGAGAUUGAAGGAGCCCCCGCCGCACCCUUGGAUGUGGUGUCUUUGGAUGCUAACAAGGAUUACAUCAUCAUCUCUUGGAAGCAGCCGGCUGUGGAUGGAGGGAGCCCUAUCCUGGGAUACUUUAUUGAUAAGUGUGAGGUGGGCACGGACAGCUGGACGCAGUGCAACGACACGCCCGUGAAGUUUGCUCGGUUUCCCGUCACUGGGUUGAUAGAGGGCCGUUCCUAUGUAUUCCGAGUCCGAGCUGUGAACAAGACUGGAGUAGGCCUGCCGUCUCGAGUGUCUGAGCCCGUGGCUGCUCUGGAUCCAGCUGAGAAAGCUAGACUUAAGAGUCGCCCUUCAGCACCCUGGACCGGGCAGAUCAUUGUCACGGAGGAGGAGCCUACAGAGGGCAUCAUUCCUGGCCCCCCCACAGACCUCUCUGUCACUGAGGCCACUCGGAGCUACAUCGUGCUGAGCUGGAAACCCCCUGGCCAGCGAGGCCAUGAAGGCAUUAUGUACUUUGUAGAGAAGUGUGACAUGGGGACGGAAAACUGGCAGCGCGUCAACACGGAGCUCCCCGUGAAGUCUCCCCGCUUUGCUCUGUUCGACCUGGUGGAGGGGAAGUCUUACCGCUUCCGUGUCCGCUGUUCAAAUUCGGCAGGCAUCGGCGAACCCUCGGAGGCCACCGAAGUCACCGCCGUGGGAGACAAACUUGAUAUCCCCAAGGCCCCUGGCAAAAUCAUCCCGAGCAGAAACACGGACACCUCCGUGGUGGUUUCUUGGGAGGAGUCUGAAGAUGCCAAUGAACUGGUUGGGUACUACAUCGAGUCCAGCGUCGUCGGUUCCGGCAAGUGGGAGCCCUGUAACAACAACCCCGUGAAGGGCUCACGAUUUACCUGCCAUGGACUGACGACGGGUGAGAGCUACAUUUUCCGGGUCAGAGCAGUAAACGCAGCCGGACUCAGCGCGUAUUCCCAGGACUCGGAAGCUAUUGAAGUCAAAGCUGCUAUAGGGGGAGGAGUGUCUACACAUGUGUGGCCUCAGCUGAGUGACGUGCCUGCUGGACUAACAGACUCCAGGGGGGGCGUGAAUGAAGCCUCCCCACCAUCCUCUCAGAAAGAUGCUUUGCUCAGUAGCAAACCUAACAAACCUCCACCACCCAGUAGCCCUUCCAACCAGGGCCAGAAAGAAGUGAGUAAAGUAAGUGAAUCAGCUCAGGAGGCGCUCAGCCCAACACCACAGAAGGCAGCUCUCAAGGAGCAAAGUAAAACUGAGGCCCCGAAAAAGAAGAAGGAUCCAGUAGCGGCGCCAUCUCCACCCUACGACAUCACUUGUCUUGAAAGCUUCCGGGACUCGAUGGUUCUUGGAUGGAAGCAGCCGGAUACGGACGGAGGGGCGGAGAUUACGGGCUAUUAUGUGAACUACCGUGAGGUGGCUGGUGGAGUGCCAGGAAAGUGGAGAGAAGCCAACAUCAAGGCCGUCAGCGAUGCAGCAUACAAGAUUAGCAACUUGAAGGAAAACACAGUGUACCAGUUCCAAGUGUCAGCGGUGAACAUCGCAGGGCUGGGGGCACCCUCCGCGGUGAGCCAGGGCUUCAAGUGUGAAGAGUGGACCAUCGCUGUUCCAGGACCCCCACACGGCCUGCGGCUCAGCGAAGUCAGGAAGAACUCCCUGGUUCUCCAGUGGAAGGCUCCGGUCUACUCAGGCCGCACCCCCGUCACUGGCUACUUUGUGGACCUCAAGGAAGCCAGUGCCAAGGAUGACCAGUGGCGAGGACUCAAUGAGGCAGCCAUCGAGAACAAGUACCUGAGGGUGCAAGGCCUCAAAGAGGGUGAGAGCUACGUGUUCCGUGUCCGUGCCAUCAACCAGGCCGGUGUUGGAAAGCCUUCUGACCUUGCUGGUCCUGUUGUGGCAGAAACACGUCCGGGUACCAAAGAAGUCGUCGUAAAUGUGGAUGAUGACGGAGUCAUUUCCUUGAACUUUGAAUGCGAUCAGAUGACUCCCAAGUCAGAAUUUGUCUGGUCCAAAGAUUAUGUGCCUACUGAAGACUCUCCACGAGUAGAAGUUGAAAGCAAAGGCAACAAGACAAAAAUGACCUUCAAAGACCUCGGGGCAGAUGACUUGGGCACCUACUCCUGUGACGUAACAGACACCGAUGGGAUAGCUUCAAGCUACUUGAUAGAUGAGGAAGAAAUGAAACGCCUGCUUGCCCUCAGCCAGGAGCACAAGUUCCCGACUGUCCCAACUAAGUCAGAGUUGGCCGUCGAAAUUUUGGAGAAAGGUCAGGUGCGGUUCUGGAUGCAGGCUGAGAAGCUGUCUGGCAAUGCCAAAGUCAACUACAUCUUUAACGAGAAGGAAAUUUUUGAAGGGGAGAAAUACAAGAUGCAUGUGGACCGGAACACGGGUGUGAUUGAAAUGUUCAUGGAAAAGCUGCAGGAUGAGGAUGAGGGCACGUACACAUUCCAGAUUCAGGACGGAAAGGCGACUGGCCAUUCCACGCUUGUCCUCAUUGGAGACGUUUAUAAGAAGCUACAGAAAGAAGCUGAAUUCCAGCGACAAGAAUGGAUCAGGAAACAAGGCCCGCACUUUGCGGAGUAUCUGAGCUGGGAAGUGACUGGAGAAUGUAACGUGCUGCUCAAGUGCAAGGUGGCAAAUAUUAAAAAGGAGACCCAGAUUGUGUGGUACAAGGAUGAACGGGAGAUAUCGGUGGAUGAGAAGCAUGACUUUAAGGAUGGCAUUUGUACCCUGCUCAUCACGGAGUUUUCCAAGAGAGAUGCUGGAUUUUAUGAAGUUAUCCUGAAAGAUGACCGAGGAAAAGAUAAGAGCAGAUUGAAACUUGUGGAUGAAGCUUUCCAAGAACUGAUGACUGAGGUAUGCCGGAAGAUAGCCUUGUCCGCUACAGACCUGAAAAUCCAGAGCACAGCAGAGGGCAUCCGGCUCUACUCCUUUGUCACUUAUUACCUGGAUGACUUGAAAGUUAACUGGUCCCACAACGGGACUGGAAUUAAGUAUACAGACAGAGUCAAGAGUGGGGUCACUGGGGAGCAGAUUUGGCUGCAGAUCAACGAGCCCACCCCAAACGACAAAGGGAAAUACGUCAUGGAGCUCUUUGACGGCAAGACUGGGCACCAGAAGACAGUGGAUCUUUCUGGACAAGCAUUUGAUGAAGCCUUUGCUGAAUUCCAGAGGUUAAAACAAGCUGCCAUCGCAGAAAAAAAUCGGGCCCGGGUGUUAGGCGGUCUCCCCGAUGUUGUCACCAUUCAGGAGGGCAAGGCGCUGAAUCUCACUUGCAAUGUGUGGGGCGACCCAACCCCCGAGGUGUCCUGGCUGAAGAAUGAGAAGCCUCUGGCCUCCGAUGACCACUGCAGCCUGAGGUUCGAGGCGGGGAAGACGGCCUUCUUCACCAUCUCAGGAGUGAGCACCGCAGACUCCGGCAAGUACGGGCUGGUGGUGAAGAACAAAUAUGGCUCGGAGACCAGCGACUUCACCGUCAGUGUGUUCAUCCCUGAGGAGGAGGCAAGGAAGGGCCCAGCAGAGCCCCCCAAAGGCAACCAGAAGUCCAAGUGAGGGGACAUCGGGGGAGCCAGGGCCAGCUGGACACCCGCCAUGCUGCUCUUGUGGAAAUGGUUUGGGUUACAGAUGAGGAAAUCCUCCUGGUGUCCCCUCCCCAACCCCCUGUUUUGUGCUGGCUUAGGAAGAAGUUAUCACAUCUCUUUUUCACAUAGAAGAGGCACCAAUAGAAGACACUGUAAGGGCUUUUAUCAACAGUUUAUAUAGUGACAAAACUUUAGGAAAUGAGUCCGAGGAAGAAGGCCAGAGGAUGUUGGAGAGGUGUUGAACCAGAGCAGCAGUGGGCUAGAGUUUGAAGCACAUGGAGCUUUACCUGUAAGGUCUUAGGGAUUGUGACUACACUUGGCACUGUUAAGGCCGUGAGUGUCGCUGGUCACGGUGACUGUAGGGAUGGUGCGUUUUCUGUUGGCAGUCUUGCGAUGUGGCCUCCCCCGCUGUGAA